GCCGCUCCCGCGGCCCGGCCGGGAGCUCGGCAAGCGCGGCGGCCUCGGAGCCCGCCGGGACGCUGCGGGUGCUUUGGCGCAUUCGUGGACGGCGCGGCUCGCUUGGGUCGGCUGAAAGGGCGUCGCGGCGGCCUUUGUACGUUCCUGCCCUCGAGUAUAAAGAACUGGAGAAGUGGGGUGGGGAGGGCGCCGCGCCGCGCGCGGUCCUGCUGAGUCGGGGCGCGGUCGUCGGGGCAUGUGCGGGAACGGUGCUCGUGCGUCCCACCCAGCCCUUUGCUAAGUCCCCGAACGUCGUCCUUCAAGGAGGCGUGCGGGAAGCGCGCCUUUACUUUGGCGAUCAGGCGGCUGAGGAGGAAGUGAGCGUGUAGAGACUGUGUGUUCAGCGGGGCGUGCCAGGUGUGUCUCAGCACGACCGCUUUGGGGCCUAGUUUAACAAAAACGGAGAGAAUCGGA